UCGUCGAUCGCGUGCGCAACCGCGGGCCGCCUGCAAACUCGAUAACCAUCAUUCACGGUAUACGUAAUAAUAUUAUUAUCGUGUUUUAUAGACAGUUCGUAUUACAAUAUAUCAUAUAUGCGGCACGUAUACAUCAUAUAGUCGGACACUACUCGUAGUCUAAGGCGUUGUUUCCGCCAAAAACCCGUCGACUGAUGGCGCGGCGCAGAAGGUCGCGUACAGUCGACAUGGGGCCCACCAAGCUGUUGGUGUACUUUGCGCUGUGCUUCGCGAUAUUUGCGAGGGCUGGUUAUUCGCGAGAGAUACCCGUCGAACAGGUGGGUGAUGCUUCGAUGAUCACGCCGGCGAUGUCGGUCGCCGCCACCGACAUUGCUGCCACGUCAGCGGCGGUAAGUGACGACCCAAAGGCAGUGGCCGCGUCCGAACACCGGUCGUCCGCGGUGGCACCGCCUUCGUCGUCGACAUCGUCAGCUUUAGCGCCGGCACAGGAUCAGGCGGUGGCCGCGUCCCAUAAGAAAAAGAAAAAGAAAAAGUCGUCCAAGUCUUCUAAGGGCGGUGGGUCGAAGAAAAAGUCCGAUCACCAUUCGAAGAAAGGUCACAAGGCCGACAAAGGCUACAAGACUAAACACCACUUCGACAAAGGCGACAAAGGCAAGCACGGUAAGGAGGAGCAUGAAGGUCACUAUAAGAAGGAAGGUGGACACAAAAAAAAGAAACACGACGAAGCCGAGAAGUACGGUCACCACCACAAGGGCGAGAAGGGUCACAAGGGCGCUAAGUUCGGUGAAAAGAAGGGCCAUAAGAAGGGACACAAGACGAAAGGGUACCAUAACAAGUUCCACAAGGACGAGUACCACAAGGAACACAAGUUCUAUGACGACUUCCACAAGGGUGGGCACCACAAGAAACACGGCGCGCACCACAAGAAGCACGAGAACAAGGAGGGCAAACACAAGAAGGGUCACCACCACAAGUCGGGACACCAUGCGGACAAAUAUGGCAAAAAGGGACAUAAAGAGAAGGGUCACUACGACAAAGAGCACAAGGGACACAAGGGCAAAAAGGGCCACGACGAACAUCAUUCGCAUCACGAAGACUACGGCAAGAAAGGAGGACACAAACACCACAAGAAGUACGGAUACAGCAAGAAGAAGCAAGGAUAAACCAUCGGAAACUAGGCCCAAGUUAUAUUCACGUACUGAAUCAUUAAUUUGUUUUACCAUUAUUACUAUUAUUAUUAUUAUUAUUAUUAUUAUUAUUCUUAAUAUUAAAACAUGUUUGCUUGUUA